AAGUCAAAACGCAACCACAGAUCAUUCGGUUUUUUUACUAAACGCUGCGUUUAGGGGUUUCUCGGCGACGCUUCAAUAUCCAUGGCGGACAAAGCAACGUCCUCCUCCUCUUCUCCGCCGGAAGAAGUUGCAGAUGAAACACAAGACUGGAUACUCGGAGCCGGGUCGGGUUGGGUCGAAGCUCGUACAUCUUGCGAUCACUUGAACACUCUCUCUCCCGAUUUACUUCACUUACCAACUCCUGAUACUCCUUGUUCAAGGUGCCAAAACCCGGUAGAGAACUGGUUAUGCCUUUGUUGUAAAGAGGUUCUAUGCAGCCGUUUCGUGAACAGGCAUAUGUUGAUGCAUCAUCAACAAACCGGUCACUGCCUUGCACUCAGCUAUAGUGACUUGUCGGUAUGGUGCUUCUGCUGCGAAGCGUAUCUUGAUGCUCAGAUUAUAUUGCAGCUGAGACCAAUUCACCAAGCUGCUUACAUUCUUAAAUUUGGCGAGGCUCCUCCUUUACCCCAACUUUGAACAUUAAAGAGCUCUCUUUUUCUUUACUUCUCGUGCUUUUGUCUCUCGAGAUGUGUUAGUGAAGAAAGCUUGGGACAUUUG